AUGAAUAAAUUUAAACGUCAGCUUAGACUGGAUCAUGAUGAUGAUGAUGAUGAUGAUGAUGAUGAUGAUGAUGAUGAUGAUGAUGAUGAUGAUGAUGAUGAUGAUGAUGAUGAUGAUGAUGAUGAUGAUGAUGAUGAUGAUGAUGAUGAUGAUGAUGAUGAUGAUGAUGAUGAUGAUGAUGAUGAUGAUGAUGAUGAUGAUGAUGAUGAUGAUGAUGAUGAUGAUGAUGAUGAUGAUGAUGAUGAUGAUGAUGAUGAUGAUGAUGAUGAUGAUGAUGAUGAUGAUGAUGAUGAUGAUGAUGAUGAUGAUGAUGAUGAUGAUGAUGAUGAUGAUGAUGAUGAUGAUGAUGAUGAUGAUGAUGAUGAUGAUGAUGAUGAUGAUGAUGAUGAUGAUGAUGAUGAUGAUGAUGAUGAUGAUGAUGAUGAUGAUGAUGAUGAUGAUGAUGAUGAUGAUGAUGAUGAUGAUGAUGAUGAUGAUGAUGAUGAUGAUGAUGAUGAUGAUGAUGAUGAUGAUGAUGAUGAUGAUGAUGAUGAUGAUGAUGAUGAUGAUGAUGAUGAUGAUGAUGAUGAUGAUGAUGAUGAUGAUGAUGAUGAUGAUGAUGAUGAUGAUGAUGAUGAUGAUGAUGAUGAUGAUGAUGAUGAUGAUGAUGAUGAUGAUGAUGAUGAUGAUGAUGAUGAUGAUGAUGAUGAUGAUGAUGAUGAUGAUGAUGAUGAUGAUGAUGAUGAUGAUGAUGAUGAUGAUGAUGAUGAUGAUGAUGAUGAUGAUGAUGAUGAUGAUGAUGAUGAUGAUGAUGAUGAUGAUGAUGAUGAUGAUGAUGAUGAUGAUGAUGAUGAUGAUGAUGAUGAUGAUGAUGAUGAUGAUGAUGAUGAUGAUGAUGAUGAUGAUGAUGAUGAUGAUGAUGAUGAUGAUGAUGAUGAUGAUGAUGAUGAUGAUUAA